AUGGGCCAGCCUUCGCCGCCAAGGCUAGAUGUGCCACAAUCUGCAGCGAAAAGCGUAACUAAUGCUAUAAAAAAGCCAAGGCCUUUUGAUUUUAGUGCACAGCCAUGCCGAAAAAUCGCACUGCGUUUCUGCUACGAUGGAGGUCAGUAUUCUGGGCUUGCUGCCCAAACCGCGCAGGCCACGCCACUGCCGACAGUAGAGGAAACGCUAUGGGAGGCAUUAUGUACUGCUCGGUUAGUGGAUGCAUCCAAGAGCAUGGAUGAUGCAGGCUGGAGUCGUUGUGGACGAACUGACGCGGGCGUUAGUGCUGCAGGACAAGUGGUAGCCCUUUGGGUCCGAAGCCAGUGUGUCGACGAACGCCAUAUGCGGUGGCCUAGCAAAGAGCACCCACAGGUAGCCGUGCAGCUAAAAGGCGAGCACGAGGAAGAACUACCAUAUGUGGCUACACUAAACCGGCUGCUUCCGCCGUCCAUCCGGGUCCAGGCCUGGUCGCCUGUGCGCCCCGACUUUUCCGCGCGCUUUAACUGCGUGUACCGACACUACAAGUAUUUCUUCACGCUUGGGGCACCAAAAACAUUGAUUUGGCAACCUGAAGGCCCCUCUCAAUUCGCCGGUCGCCUGGAUGUGGACCGGAUGCGCGAUGCCGCCUCUCGUUUGGUGGGCGAGCACGACUUCCGCAACCUAUGCAAGGUGGAUGCGUCGAAACAAAUUACCAAUUUUGUUCGACGGAUUGAUGGUGCUACUAUAGACCGAGUGAGCACGGGAUGGCACUCACAUGUGGCCGACGAGGCUGCCACCAACGAUACUGAUGAACCCAUGUAUGUUCUCAACCUACGUGGCUCCGCGUUUCUCUACCACCAAGUCCGCAACAUUAUGGCGAUAUUAUUUAUGGUCGGUGCGGGUCUCGAAAAUCCCAACGUCGUGGAUGAACUCGUCAAUGUACAGCCAGGAGCUGCAGCCGCUGACCGUGUGCGUGCGCGAACAUGGCUCGAUUCUUUCAGCAACGAAGCCGACGCACAAACCCCUGACAAGUCUCUAAUGCGUGCUCUAACUGAACCCCAUAAUGACCUGACUGUAUAUGAAACCAAGCCCAGCUAUGAAAUGGCUACUGAUCGUCCUCUGAUGCUGUGGGAAUGCGGAUUCCGUUCGACGGAGCUCCAGUGGCGUGCUUCUUCCUACGCAGGAACCAUGCCACCACCAAGCCAAAUGCAUGUGGAUUAUACACCUGGAGUUCGCGCUAGUGCUCAGCUGCAUAGUCUUUGGACCCGGGAGGUCAUCCAUGCAGAGUUGCUACGCCAUUGCCUUCUUGCGACUAUGACAGGUGAGAACACGUAUCUUCCAUCGGAGUCAACAUUUGCAGAAACACGCUCACCCGUUCUACCACUACCCUUGUCUCUUGAUGAGGUGCCUGCGCUGCGAGCGAAGCUCGUGCCACUAGGUAAUGGCGUUGUACGCCCUACGACCCGAUAUACUGCCUUGGCCGCACGUCCUCGAGACGUGUCAGCUGCCGAAAAGAACAAGAAGUGGAGAGAAGGAAAGGGUCUCCGCCGUGCCGAGCGCCGUGCCACCACCUCGCGGGACGAGGCGCCUUCGGAGCAGACCACAUAG